AUGGACACAACAAACAAGACCGAAACCCGACGUUCCAGGGUGCAACGAUUUCUGUGUUGCUUUUGCAUUCGAAGAGGUGAGAAAGACUGCUUGGAAUGUGAUCAGGAUAAUCCACAAAAUCCCAAAGAUGUGGUGGAUGAUGAGAGCAUCCAUAUCGUUAUUGAAGAUUUGGGAAUAGACAACCCCGGAUUUAUCCUCUCUGAAAAGGAGCGCUACAGGCCACCUCAACAGAGCAUCAUAGGUCGUUCUGCCAGUUCGGUGUCAACGUGCCAAAGAGCGGCACUGAAGAAGAAGCUUGCACCUCUCCUCUCUUUACCGCUUCAGUACAGAGCUCAUGUGGGGAACAAUGAGGAAGACUUUCUAGAUUCUCUUACACCACCGUUCAUCAAUCUCAUACCGCCCACACCUUCUGAUGUAGUAGAUGAUGAUCAAUUCUUCGACUUGAAUUCGGAAGAAGAGAUUCAGUUGCAAACGUCGGGCAGCGAAGGAGUUGAUAGCAUCAGCAGUGCAGUCACCGGAGAGCAAGAGAGUGAAGAUGGUGAGAAAAUAGGCCAAGAUGUAGCGUUUGAAGGUACCUGUGGCACCAAAGAUGAAGAAAGUCCAGAGUUGGAUCCCCAAGAGGUCACAAAGACCAAGAAGAACAGCGUGGACAAGUCCCCCAUCUAUUUUCUGCGCAGUACUUUUCAAGUGGCCCCGCUUCCUGAAUACCCACGCAAAAGAAGCCUCAAUACUGGAGUCAGUUUGCUACAGUUCACAGAACAUAAUUUGGAUGACCUGAGCAACAAAGAUGCCAGCAGUCACCAGUUACUAAAGGAAGAACUGAGGCUACUGCCUCUUAGCAGUAAGAUGAACAUGACAGCAAACCAAAAGAAAGUCGUCAUUAGGUCCUGUAGUUUGUGCGAUACAGUGCAGAGAAGGUGGACCUCUAACUCUUUAGGCCAGGAAGGAGAUGACAUUCUUGAAGAUGAGGAGCCACCACGGCAACGAAGGAUUACUGUCGCAUCCUACACUCCCCAGUCAAAGGUUUACACUGAAGAACGUCCAAAAAAGCAGAAUUCUAACGGGCAAAGUGCCAAAACUCUAGCAGAGCUGAACACAGAAGGGGUCUGCCUUUGGUUUAGUAAUAUUGGUCUACAGAAAUGUCUCCCCUUCAUUAGAGAGGCGGAACUCAGUGGAUCUCAAAUUGCCUCCAUUGACCUCGACACCCUUGAAAUCCUUCAACUGUCCAGCCUGGAGGAAAGAGAGAGAUUGCUUUCUGCCAUCUACAAUGAGCUACACCCACCAAACUCCACCACACAGAGACUCGACGCCCUCCUGGAAAGGUUUGGACCACACAAUGUUGAGAAGUUCACAGCUGCUUUGGUGUCUAUAACCAAGUCAACAUCCUCUCCUCACCUUAACAGCAUCAACAUGAACAGAUGCUCAUUAAAACUUAGACAAAAUGAACAGAGCGCUAAACUUCAAAAGAACUCGCAUCUUGUGGAAAUUACAAUCAAUGCAUCAGAACGAGUCGUUCAUCUGCGGACACCCAAAGAGACUAGUGUGGGUAGAGUGAUGGAGUCUUGUCUGAGGAUGCUUGGAAUUAAUGAGGACAAAGAUCAUUUUAACCUAAAGAGUAAAGAAGAUGAGUUCUCCCCAGAGCAGCAGAUUGGAGAUUUGCCUGGUUCAGAGACCAGACUAAUCGAGCUUCACUUGUGUAGAAAGGAAGCACAGAAAGAUCCAGAUUCUGCAGAUGCCGUUAUUUGUUCUGGUUUUCAGAACAAAAAUCUAAACAAUGCAGGAAAGAUUCUAGAUCUAAACCAACAAGUGGCCUCACUUCAAAACGUCAUAUUACAGGUUCAGGAGAUUUACCAUGGCCUGGUGGCGUUCUGUUCAGAGCUGAAGAAGAUGGAGGGAGAGAUGGAGACAGAACAACGGGACAGCUUGGAACUGAAGAAUCGUCUCAGUCAAGCCCAGAACAAUCUGCAGAGUAAAAGAAAGAGCCUUCAAAUACUCAGAGAGAAUCUGAUCACUGCACCUUUGGAAAAGAAAAAGCGAGCAGAAGUCCGGCUACUGGAGAAGAUGAGACUGAACUGUCAGGUGUUUAAAGAAGAGAUAACUCUGGUCCAUCUUAACCAUCAAGUGGCUCACCUGCGUGGAGCUCUAGACAAGAUCCAGUCCGAGGAGAGAGCGGAGCAGAAGAGCAUAUCUCUGACUCAGCUGGUCCCAUUGGAGUCUCCUGUCAUGCUUGUGGCCACCCAGAUGAAGGAAAAUCCAGACGGUCAUUAUGGAUUCACUGCACGCAGAGGGGAGGACCGGGGUCUUACGGUGGUACAUACUGAGGAUACUCAGCUUUGUUUGAAUGACAGGCUGGUGGAAGUCAAUGGAGUGAGUGUCCUGGGGAGUAGCGAGGAGGAGCUAGAGAUCCUGCUGAAGACGCCCCUCGUACAGAUUAUUAUUCUGCGCCAAUUUACCCAAGAGACUCCUCAGGAAAAGCCUUCUGACCCCAGACAGACUUGAGCACUGAGUGAUGACCAGGACCUUUAUACAAUUGCUGCGCAAACAUCAUGUAAUGCUACCCAA